AAUGACACUUGCGCGUCUGCGCAGUUGUAUGUGCAUUCAAACAUUUUUUUUCUUCUCAUUAGUAAUGUUUGUCCUGGCAAAACUAAAAGCGGACAUCAAGAAUUUGAGAGAUGUGAAUUUUUAAUACAAUUUUGAGGCUUAAUUUUUCAUCUAUCGAUUGUUUAUUCAUAUGCUGUCAUUCUGUUGCCUAUGAGGCUGUAAUAGGAUGAGGGGGCACAACGACAUGGCGUGUCUAUCCCUCGUGUGUCGUAGGUGCAACUACAUGUGUGGUGAAGUGUUCAAUCAUUUUUUCUAAAGACUCAUGAGAAAAUUUCAACGACUCAUUCUCACCCCUUUGUAGUUGUUCAUUUUAUUGAGGAUCAUCAAUUUGGUAUCAAGAAUCAUGGAUUCGAAAAAACCAACGAGCCAGAACUCUUCAUUUGAGAAUAUCAAGGUUAAAGUGGAACCUGGGACUUCAAAUGUCACUCCUCCGAGCUCCACCACGCGUUUGACGUCAUUCAGAUUACCCAGAGAUUUGACAUUAGGUGGGGCUAUUAAGACUGAGAAAUCUACUAAGAAAAUUUAUACACCUAAUAUCAAUGUACAGAGGAACAAGAAGAAGGACGAUGGUUCUGCUGCAAAACCCGAAAACACUCAGAAAACUAGUGGAAGAGGACGUGGUCGAGGUGCCACCGAUCGUGGCAGAGGUCGAGGGAAGGCUGCUAUUAAUUUAAUUCAAUCCACUGGAGUAUUCUCUGAAGGAAUGAGUGGCCCUGGACGUUCUACAAGAAGAUCCAGUGGCAUCAGGAAUGGUACUGGUGAAAGAGAACCCAGCAUGGUCCUGGAGAGAUCUAAACUCAAUUUGGAUUAUGAAUUUGAUAAAGCCGAAGAGGAAAAAAAAUUAAAGUUAUUAUUGAGAGAUGAUUUUAUUGAUGAUGGGGAGGAUUUCAACUUGGAGAGCGCACCCGUUAUUCUACCAUUGACGGAGCAAGCUAAACUGUACAAAGAAGAAUGCAAGGAGAAGAUAAAGGAGAGUGUAUCCGAGGAGGAGGAAGAGGAGGAAGAGGUUGAUCAGAAGCCAAUAAUUCUGGAGAAUGGCCAAGCUGUAAUGCCUCCAAAGAAAAUGAAAAAGAAAAAGAAGGCUGCUGCAUUAACUGGUAUAAAAGAAGAAAAAAGUGAAAGAAAUGUAUCUCACAUCAUCAAUAAUCAGUCAAAUAGUUAUUUUUUAGUUGCAUUUCCAGAUUGCCUUCCUGGGGUUCACAGUGUAGACACAGAUACAGAUCCCAGGAUAAAGAAAAACAAGGAGCAACCACCAGAGAAUAAUGAUGCAAUGAACCCUGAAUAUUGCACAUUGCAUACUCUGAAAGAUGGAUUCCUAGGUAAAAUACAAAUUCAUCAGUCUGGAAAAGCGAUAUUACGUCUUGGGGAGAAUAGUUUAGUGAUUGACGUGGGCUCACGUCAAAGUUUUCGACAGGAUCUUAUUGCUGCUAAAGUGGAUGCAUCCAAUAGUGAACUUGUCAAUUUAGGACAAGUUACUAGUACACUUAUAUGCUCACCUGAUUGGGAGUCAAUGCUUGCCAAUCUCUGAAAGAUAAAUAAAUUAAUACUAUUAAUAUUUUGUACGAUAUGAGAUAUAGAACAAUUGAUAUAAACAGUAAUACUUUGAAAUCCAUGUAUAUUUAUAAUCCUUUAUUUAUGACAAUGGGGAUUAAGCUGUGAUACUAAAUUUCUACAGUUUAAUUGCAAAAAUUCAUUAUUGCAAUUUACAAAUUCUUCAAAUAUGGACAUCAUUUGCCAGUGAUUAAAUAUUCAUUCAUCAUUUUACACAAAUUCAGUUGACAUAAUUGUUUUUAUAAUGAUGAUGACAAUCAUACUCUAUCCGUUUAUUUAUGUCUCGAGAAUUAAGUGAGUGGCCUACACCAAUAGACAACAUAAAAAUAA